CCACCAUCAUCAUCAUCAUCACUACUAUAUAUUCUUCACAUUUUUACCAUAUAUAGUUACUUAGUCAAUUCAAUUGACUUUAUAAACUUAUCAUUCAACUCAUACUUAUCUAUCUUCACCAUAGAAUCAAUCAUAAAAAUUCAUCCUUUUGCAUUCAAAUCUAAUCUACUCCCCUCCUCCUCUUGUCAUAUUCAAAUUCAUUUAUAGAUCAAAAAUUAACUUAACUCAAUCAUGGCUAUCCCAAUUGUUAAUGGUACUUCAUGUUUAUCAUUAUAUGCUUCAUCCAAAGAAUUAUUAGAUCAAGCCAUUAACUUUUAUACCAAUAUAAUUGGGUUAACCUUGCAUUCAGAAGAUGAAGAUAAAUUAUAUUUAUCUAAUGAUGAUAGUACUUUAGCUGUCAAAUUAGUUCUUUCUCCAAAGAAAGGUUUAUCCCUAGAUGAAAUCAUCACCAAGAGAGAUACUUUAAUCAAAUCUUUAAAUGUUCACGAUUGGAGAUCAUUAGAAACUACCAUUGUUUUAAAAUAUACUGAAUUAGUUAAUCUUAUAUCAAGUUUAAAAACUUUUAAUCAACCAGUUCAACUUAGUCCCAAUGAAUUAUUCCCUAAUGAAGUUUAUACCAUUGAUCCAUUAGGUAAUAUCGUAGGAUUCACUACUUCAGAAAACCCCUUGGCGGUUGUACCACCAAUCGAAAAGUUCAUUAGUGAAGAACAUAUUUUAUCAACUUUAAUGAGUACAACUGUUUCUGAUAGAUCAAGAAAUGAUGAUAGUGAAAACAGUCCAAAAAGAAACAUCGCCAUUAUGACUUCUGGUGGUGAUGCUCCUGGUAUGAAUGCUAAUGUUCGUGCUGUCGUUAGAGCUGCCAUUUAUAGAGGUUGUAAAGCAUUUGCAAUCAUGGAAGGUUAUGAAGGUUUAGUAAGAGGUGGUCCUCAAUAUAUAAAAGAAAUGUCUUGGCAUGAUGUUAGAGGUUAUUUAUCUGAAGGUGGUACUAAUAUUGGUACCGCAAGAUGUAUGGCCUUUAGAGAACGGGCAGGAAGAUUGAUUUCUUGUAAACAUUUAAUUGAAGCUGGUAUUAAUGCUUUAAUUGUUUGUGGGGGUGAUGGAUCUUUAACUGGGGCUGAUCUCUUUAGAGCUGAAUGGCCUUCAUUAAUUCAAGAAUUAAAAGAUACAAAUGAAAUCUCCCUUGAAGAUUUUAAUACCUAUAAACAUUUAAAUAUUUGUGGUACAGUUGGUUCAAUUGAUAAUGAUAUGGCUACUACUGAUGCCACCAUCGGGGCUUAUUCUUCCUUAGAUAGAAUCUGUCGUGCUAUCGAUUAUAUUGAUGCUACUGCCAAUUCACAUUCCAGAGCUUUCGUUGUGGAAGUUAUGGGUAGACAUUGUGGUUGGUUAGCUUUAAUGGCUGGUAUUGCCACUAGUGCUGAUUAUAUUUUAAUUCCUGAAAAACCAUCUUCAUCAAAAGAUUGGCAAGAACAAAUGUGUACCAUUGUUGGUAAACAUCGUGCUAAAGGUAAACGUAAGACCAUUGUUAUCGUGGCUGAAGGAGCCAUCACAUCUGAUUUACAACCUAUUUCAGCUAAUGAUGUUAAAGAUGUCUUAGUUAAAAGAUUAGGUUUAGAUACUAGAGUUACUACUUUAGGUCAUGUUCAAAGAGGUGGUACUGCUGUUGCUUUUGAUAGAAUCUUGGCUACUUUACAAGGGGUUGAAGCCGUUAAAGCCGUAUUGGACGUUACUCCAGAUACUCCAUCACCAUUAAUUGCUAUUGAAGAAAAUAAAAUUGUGAGAAAACCAUUAGUGGAAGCAGUUAAAAUCACAAAAUCAGUAGCGGAAGCCAUUCAAAAUAAAGAUUUUGAAAAAGCGAUGUCAUUAAGAGAUUCAGAAUUUUCGGAACAUUUAUCAAAUUUCAUCGCUAUGAAUUCCGCUAAUCAUAAUGAACCUACAUUACCCUUGGAAAAAAGAAAGAAAAUCGCUAUUAUUAAUAUUGGUGCUCCAGCCGGUGGUAUGAAUAGUGCCGUAUAUGCCUUUUCUACAUAUUGUAUGUCAAGAGGUCAUACUCCUUAUGCUAUUCAUAAUGGGUUUGCUGGUUUAUCAAGACAUGAAUCAGUUAGACUGAUGGAUUGGUUAGAAAUUGAAGGUUGGAAUUCAGUUGGAGGUUCGGAAAUUGGGACUAAUAGACAAACUCCUCAAGAUACUGAUAUUGGUAUGAUUGCUCAUUAUUUUGAAAAAUAUCAAUUUGAUGGUUUAGUGAUUGUAGGAGGAUUUGAAGCUUUUGUUUCAUUAGAUCAAUUAGAAAAAGCUAGACCUAUGUAUCCUGCUUUUAGAAUUCCAAUGGUUUUAAUUCCUGCUACUAUUUCAAAUAAUGUUCCAGGCACAGAAUAUUCUCUUGGUUCAGAUACUUGUUUAAAUUCAUUAAUGGAAUAUUGUGAUGUGGUUAAACUUUCUGCAUCCGCCACUAGAGAUAGAGCUUUUGUAAUUGAAGUUCAAGGAGGUAAUUCCGGUUAUAUCGCAACUUAUGCAUCAUUAAUUAGUGGAGCUCAAGCAUCAUAUGUUCCAGAAGAAGGUAUUGCAUUAGAUCAAUUAGAACUGGAUAUUAAAUCAUUAAAAGAAGCAUUUUCAAUCGAUAGAGGAUUAUCAAAAUCAGGUAAAUUGAUUUUAAAAAGUACAAAUGCUUCUAAAGUUUUAACUACUGAAGUUUUAGCUGACAUCAUGAAAUCAGAAUCGAAUGGAGAAUUCGAUGUUAAAACCGCUAUUCCAGGUCAUGUUCAACAAGGUGGUUUACCAUCUCCUAUUGAUAGAACCAGAGCUGCUAGAUUUGCCAUCAAAGCAGUUCAAUUCAUUGAAGCCGCCAGUGAUGAAUUAUUAGAAUUCAAAUAUGCAUUAGAUUUCCCUACUGAUAAUAAAACUAUUACUGGUACUGCUGCUGUAUUGGGAGUUAAAUCAUCACAUUUGAAAUUCAGAUCCAUUAGACAAUUAUAUGAUUUUGAAACUGAAAUUGGUAGAAGAAUGCCAAAGAAUAUUCAUUGGGCUAAGACUAGGGAUAUUGCUGAUCAAUUAGUUGGUAGAACUCGUCUUGUCAAACCAUGAAAUAAUAAAUAAAAAAAACCCAUCAUCAUCAUCAUCAUCACUUAAAAACGUAUUUUAUUUCUUUUCUUUAUUCUAUAUAGUUUUAUUAAUAUCAUAUCCUUAUUUUGUUUAAAAUUGA